GGCACCGAGAGAUUGAGGGGUUGCGAGUCAGAGAAUGAACGUGGGAAUGGAGAGCUAGAGGAGGUGAAGUUCAAAUCGGGGGUGGCUGUGUUUGAGGAACCAAAACAGGCUUUUGAGGAAGAUGUAAUCUUGUUGUGGAUUAUUAUGACGGGGAAUCACAUCAACUGGACCUAUCUCAUUCGACAAAGGAUGAAGAAGGCGUUGAAGGAAAAUGCUUCUUUACCAUAUGCAUUUUUGAUCACCCGUAUCUUGCAACAUUUUGACAUUCCAUUGGAUGAUGGAAUUCCUGGCCCACGAACAAGGCAAAUGCAGAUAUCGCGUACAUCACUCGAUUCCUUUGGAUUUAAGCUAAAUGCUAACAACAUAUGGGUUCCGAAAAAUGCUCCCCGUCCUUCUCAAGGCCAAAGUGAAGCACCUCCUCAACAACAACUACCACCACCGCCCAUUCUUGACACUCAAACUUCUUCAUAUGAUGACUUGAUGAGGGGGAUCAAUGAUCUUAGAACAUUUGUGGGGGACAGCUUCAACACCAUGAAUGAAAACAUUAAUACAAGACUUGAACAGCUCGAGAUCAACAUGGGAGACCGGUUCGAUACAUUGGAAACUCGAGUAGAUCAUUUAGAGCAUGAGAUUCUGCAUCGUCAUUUUGGUCCACAUGGUGGAUCUUCCUCUUAGAUACUUAGUAGUAUUAUUGUCCUUAUUUUAAGUUUUUCUACUUAUGUAAUGCAUUUUCAAUUCAAUAAAAUACAUCAACUUUUAUUUCCAAGUUUGUCUUUUAAUUUCCAUUUGUAAUUUCAAUCAAUAAAAUUACUCUAUCGAAACAUAACAAUGUCAUAACAAAAAUGCACCUAUAUUGGUACUUUACAACACAAAAAAAAUGAGUCAUUUAAUUUGGUAAUCGAUUACAACAAGUAAUCGAUUACCACAGGUCUGUAAUCGAUUUCCAGGGCCAUUUUUCCAUAUUACACACCCUGGUAAGCGAUUACAGGGGCUGUUACCACUUAAAAAACACCUGGUAAUCGAUUACAAGGGGUCUGUAAUCGAUUACCAGGGCCAUUUUUCAAUAUUACACACCCUGGUAAGCGAUUACACGGGCUGUUACCACUUAAAAAACACCUGGUAAUCGAUUACAAGGGGUCUGUAAUCGAUUACCGGGCCCAUUUUUGCCUAUAAUGCGGAAGUCGUGCAGGGGGGCACGAUUUUAACAAGGUGUAAUCGAUUACAGCUCCUGGUAAUCGAUUACAGAGCCCAUAAAUCGUUUUAGGGGUGCACGACUUCACCUACUGUUCAUGUGAACAGUGUGAAGUCGUGCAGGGGGGCACGACUUCUUCUUAUGAAGUCGUUCUGCCCCCAGACGACUUCCCCAUUUCUGUAAUUUCUCCCGUUUUUGCCUAUUUUUGUAAUUUGGCAGUCAAAUCUGCCUAUUUCCGUACAA